UUCUCCGUGUGUGCCUCGGGCAGACAUGUGAAUUUUUACGCACCACCUCGAUGCGAAUUUUUACGCACCAUCGAAAAAUAGGGACUCGAAGCACGGAAGAAGUGUGUCGCGUCCAGAAAGGCGCAGUAAUGAUGCAGCAUCCUCUGGAGAUCGGGGCUCACUAUUACCCUGCGGAGGCACAACAGGACCACAGAUCUCACCGGUACAGAAGCUUCAUGAUCGAGGAGAUCCUCACCGACCACCCGGACCACAAGGCCUCUCCUCCUGCCGGAGAUUUACUCAAAUUCGGAGUACACGCGCUAUUGUCAGCACGGCCGUAUCCAAAUCACAUAGUGCUGAAGGCAGAGCAGAGCGGCCUGCUGAAGUUCCCCGUGUCCCCGCUGUCGUGUUCUCUCGGGCCGCCGCUCGGCUCUGCGCUGCUCGCCGGGCCUCCGGGGCUCGGUGUCGGCUCGGCUUCGCACCAUCUCCCGCUCGACCUGCACCUGCGCGGGAAACUCGAACCCGGAGCCGAGGCGCUCAGCAAGACCAAGAAAGGCAGAAGGAGCAGGACCGUGUUCACCGAGCUCCAGCUCAUGGGUCUGGAGAAGAGAUUCGAGAAACAGAAAUACCUUUCGACCCCGGACAGAAUAGACCUGGCUGAGUCUUUAGGUCUCAGUCAGCUGCAGGUCAAAACGUGGUAUCAAAACAGAAGAAUGAAAUGGAAAAAAAUUGUAUUGCAGGGAGGAGGGCUGGAGUCCCCCACCAAACCGAAAGGGCGCCCAAAAAAGAACUCCAUACCUUCCGGUGAGCAACUUUCAGAGCAGGAGAGAGAGAGGACACGGGAAACCGAGAGCGCAUCUUCAUCCUCUUCAUCAUCGUCAUCCUCUUCAUCUUGUUCAGGCCAGUCUGAACCCAGUCAAGAGGAAUAA